CUUCUGUGGUGGAGGAGUGAGGCAGCAUGUGAGUGCUGCUUUUCAUUUUGUAUUAGUCAAUUAUUUUAAAGUUAAGAAAAUUGAAAGAUUUUGUAUUUUAAUGUAUGCAAGAGUGCAAAAAAGAGGAACUAGUUGAAAUGGUCUUGAAUUUUUAGUGAAAUUGCCUUUUUUUUAUUGGACACAGUGGAUGACAUUUAAACUGCAGGAUAGCACAAUGACACUGGACUCAGAGUUUGGUGUGAAGGGCAGCAGCAUCAUCAGGGAGUGGAGUGGACAGGUCCAGCCUGCUCUGGUCGCCUCCUUUGUUUUCCUCUUCUGUCUAGAAGCCUGUCUGUGGGUGAGGAGCCUCCGGCUCAAGAGAAGACUGCCGGGACCCUUCGCUUGGCCGGUGGUGGGCAACGCCAUGCAGCUGGGCCAGAUGCCUCACAUCACCUUCGCCAAGCUUGCCAAAAAGUACGGCAACGUGUAUCAGAUCCGGCUGGGCUGCAGUGACAUUGUGGUUCUGAAUGGAGACAGGGCAAUACGUGAGGCUCUGAUACAGCACAGCACAGAGUUUGCAGGCAGACCAAACUUUGUCUCUUUUCAGGCUGUCUCGGGGGGUAAAAGUAUGACUUUCACCAAUUACAGCAAACAGUGGAAGAUGCACAGGAAAAUUGCUCAAUCAACGAUCAGAGCAUUCUCAUCUGCCAACAGCCAAACCAAAAAAGCCUUUGAGCAGCAAAUUGUGGCGGAAGCCACAGAGCUAGUUGAGAUUUUCCUUAAACUCAGUGCUCAGGACAAGUAUUUCAACCCUGCUCAUGAGCUGACAGUGGCUGCAGCCAAUGUGAUUUGUGCCUUAUGCUUUGGAAAACGCUAUGGACAUGAUGAUGUAGAGUUCAGAGCCUUGUUGCACAAGCUAGACCAAUUCGGAGAGACAGUAGGGGCUGGCAGCUUGGUAGAUGUGAUGCCUUGGCUCCAGUCUUUCCCCAAUCCAGUACGCAGCAUGUUCAAGAACUUCAAAAACCUGAAUCAAGAGUUCUUUGGGUUUAUCCAGAACAAAGUGGAGGAGCACAGAGAGACAUUUGAUCCGGAUGUGACGAGGGACAUGAGUGAUGCUAUUAUCGGCGUGAUUGACAAGGCUGACAGUGACAACGGCCUCACCAGAGCUCACACAGAGGGCACGGUGUCAGAUCUGAUCGGAGCAGGCAUGGAUACCGUCUCCACCGCACUUCACUGGAUUCUCCUCCUGCUCGCCAAACACCCUGAAAUACAAACCAAACUUCAGGAGCUCGUUGACAAAGUGGUGGGGCGAAAAAGGCUGCCGUCGGUGGAGGACAGAAGCAGCCUGGCCGACCUGGACGCCUUCAUCUACGAGACCAUGCGCUUCACCAGCUUCGUCCCAGUCACCAUCCCACACUCCACAACCUCAGACGUCACCAUCGAGGGUCUCACCAUCCCCAAAGACACGGUGGUCUUCAUCAACCAGUGGUCCAUCAAUCACGACCCCCUGAAGUGGAAGGACCCUCAUAUCUUUGACCCCUCGCGCUUCCUUGAUGAAAAGGGCUCUCUGGACAAAGAUCUUACCAACAAUGUUAUGAUCUUCUCAGCAGGGAAGAGGAGAUGUAUUGGAGACCAGAUUGCCAAAGUUGAGGUAUUUUUGUUCUUUGCGAUCCUGCUCCACCAGUGUAGCUUUGAGAAAUGUGCCAAUGAGGACCUGUCUUUAAACUGCUCCUAUGGUUUAACACUGAAGCCUUUAGAUUACAAGAUCACUGCCAAACUCAGGGGAGAACUACUUGAGGGCCAAUAAAACUGUCGCAGAACUGGCUCUCCGAGUAAAGAACAUAAAUGCAGAAGAAGGUAUGUGGUCUAAAAUAAAUAUAUCACAGGAGACUUAUAAACUUUAUUUAACCCCAAAACAUGCAAAAGAUAAGCUUUCUUACCUCUACUGACAUUUAAAAUUGUGACUCACAGACAAUAUUGUUAUUUCACUCAAACUUUCUGCCAGUUACUGUGUCAGAGUACCCUUAAAAUGGCAUUAGAAAGCAUGUAAGUCAUAUCUAGACUCCACGGCACUUUUACUCCUCAACUCUAAGAAAAACAGUGACUGACUAAAAACCUAAAAAUAUCUCUACGGGCUCGGCCACAUCAUGUAAGAAACAGAAAAGAAAAAUGUAUUAAAAAGCUUUUGAUUCGUUUGCCAAAAACCACGAUUCAUAAUAAACCGUAAGUAUGUAUUGUUAUUUAUAUGAGGGUAUUUAGUGGAGUUGCCCUAAAUUGCAAUAUAAAGCGGUGGUGAUGAAUAAAUUUCACUUUAAGCAUUUUGUUUUUCUCGCUGAUGGGGAGAGAUGGUGUGCCAGCUGUGUGGUCUCAACUGAGCAGCUAUUUGCCCAGACACUCAUUCAUCUUCCUGUGGAGCUUUUUCAUGUUUCAGCUUAAUACAAAUAUAAUUCAUCUACAUUCAUGUACUCUUCAAUCAUGCAUAAGACUGUUGAAUUCUGAUAAUAACUCAUGUCAGAUGUAAUAUAUGUCUGAAAGCCACUGAUUUAAUUGUUGGUAAUACUGUCUCCUUCCUUAACUGCAUAAUACAUCACUGUACAACAUGAUUUAUAAGGCAUAAUGUAUUGUAAGCUGUGUAGAAUAGCUAAAAAAUGUUUUUAUAAUGAACAAAAACCUGUGUGAAACAGUCUGUACUCAAUAAACAUUUUCUAUUGA